GUUUCUAAUCAGAGAGAAACUGGGAAGAAGCCAUGUAUCACUCAAGAACAUUCUGUCCUUGCAAACAAAGCCCUUCUUUUGUUUUCAUUUUUUAGGAUGAAAAUCAUGAAGAUUCCUUUCUGACGCUUUGCGGAUAUGAGAGUCGUUUUCCGCUUCCUCGGUGGUGCGCCCACCUGGGCUUACCUCAGCUUUCUUCUUCUCUGCCAAAUCCUUCCCGUUUUCGCCUCAUCUUCCUCUCUCUUAAUAUCGCCUUUUCUGGCUUCAAUUUCAAAAACCCUAAAAUGUCUACUGUGUUUUCUCCUUCCCAAUGUCUAGCUCUGAAUCUUCGACCAAUCUUCUUAUCCAGAAUCAUCCAUUUGGCAGAUUAAUUUGCAGAUUUGGGUAUUAGUGUUUUGCAGGGAAGAUAAUCCAUCUCCAUUAUCCCUUCGUGUUUUUCGAGUUUGGUGCCUAAAGUGUGAUGAUUGUGGAUCUAAUUUUCGAAUUGAUUUUACGGUUUAAGUGUUCUGAUGCUUUUGGUUGGUUUUGCCAAGUUUAUCUUGGUUUGGAGAAUUCUGUUACCUUUGUUUAUGGCUUAGUUAGUACGGUAAAAGCAGAAAUAAUCUAAAAAUAUUGCUAUGUUUUGUCACUGGUUUUAUCUCUAUUUUUGCUUCGUUAAGAGGAGGGGAUGAUAUGAAGAGAGGUACUGAUGUAAUCAAGGGGUGGGUAGUAUGGAGUAGGUCAUUGAGAGGGAAGUUGGCUGUGGGAGAAGUUCUUUAAUGAGAAGUUGCUGGCUUUCUUCUCUUAUGGAUCUGCUUUUUCAAGCACUAUCAGUGGGGUAUUUUUAUUCAAGGAUCUCGAUCAAACCUCUCUGUCUUCUUGUCGGUGUUCCAUGGCAUGAGAUAGCUAUUUUAGGCAAGUUGCAGGAAGGGUUAUGCUUGCUCUGUAGCUGUGAGUCUUUGGAUCCAUCUCUUGCCUUGUUCUUCACUUUGGAAGAAUUGAACGAUGCCCCAGCUAUUAAAGAGCUUCCUUGUUGGAGAUGUGUUGCAACUUGCAAGUAAGGUGUUUGGGACUCUCCUCCCUCAAGUUAUGCAUUUGCUGGAGUGUUUUAUUUUUUGGUAACUUUGUUUCUAGUUGUUUUUGCUUCUGUUGUUACUGUCUCCUUCGUGUAUGUUUAGGCAAUAGCGCAGAUGUUUAGAAGAUAAGUAGCUUCACCAAGUACAAGAUGAUUCUGAUUCUGGUGUGAUUUCUAAUUGCAAAGAAAUAGAAGAGGAGUCGAUAAUUCAGUGUGUAAUUGGAGGCGCUCAAAUUUAAUGAAUUGGGAAGAAGUCUUGCAUCUCAGAUAUGUUCCUUAAAGCAAAACUGUCACCGAUGUAUUCUGUCCACUAAGGGGGAUUUGAGGAGCAAGUUGAUGCGGGAUAUUUGCAACAUUUUUUUUUUUUGGAUUGCAUCUGCUUUUAAUAGGAAUCAUUGAGUAACAAUUGUGAGCUUGGAGUGUUUUUUCUUUUUUUCUUUUUUUCUUUUUGUUUCUGGUUUUUUCUUCAAAUUGCUUUAGGUUUUAGGUCUCACCAAGAACUUGAGAAAUAGUUGCUGUCAUAUUUAUUUUAGUAGUGAAUUUUUGGUGGCUUUGUCCAGUAGUUUUUCCCUCUACAUUGGAGGGUUUUUCACAUAAAUUUGUAUUCUCUUU